AUGAUCAGAGAAGUUUGAGAGAUGGAGGAAGCAUAGGGAGGAGAGUUAAAGAAUGUUCUGAUGGCAAAGUUCAAAGAAGGAACUUCAGAGACCCAGAUCGAGCAACUCAUCAAAUCCUAUGCCAACCUGGUCAACCUCGUUGAGCCCAUGAAGUCCUUCCACUGGGGAAAGGAGCUGAGCAUUGAGAAGCAAGAGGAAGGUUACACUCAUGUCUUUGAGACCACCUUUGAGAGUGUGGAGGGUAUUGCAGAGUUUUCAGGUCAUCCUGCCCACCAUGAUUUUGCCAAGCUGUUCCUUCCCAAUUUGGAGAAAUUAUGUUUCAUCGCAGCACGAGAUCAGCAAGUCAUAGCCCUCAAAAACCCUACCGAAGUACAGGCUAUGUUGAUGAAGAUCCUUUCCAAAUAG